AUGGUUCCGCCAAAGGAAAAUGUAGACCUUGAAUGUUUUCUGGUGACAAAGCACUCAUGGAAGGGUAAAUACAAACGCAUAUUAGCCAUUGGCACUGCGGGCAUAUCUACAUAUAAUCCUGAUAAACUGGAAAUAACAAAUCGUUGGACAUAUUCUGAUAUUGUCUCAGCAGCACCAAGUAAAACAACAAAUAUACCCAAUGAAUUUGUGCUUAGCAUAAAAAAAGAGAAACGGGUCGAUUCUAUACGACUAUCAUCCGAAUAUCGCAAUGACAUACUCUGUUCGAUAUUAAAGUAUUACAAAGAGUUUGCUGAUAAGCCUAAAAAUUCACAACGUUUCCCUGCUUAUAAAUAUCAUUGGUCUGGUGUCAGUUUACCCACAAUGCUUGAAGUCACGCCGUGCUCAUUAGAUCAAUUGGAUCCAACAACAAAUGAAGUGCUCACUAGUUAUAUGUACAAAGACAUAGCGGGCAUAAUAGUAGGCGUUUCCGAUUAUGAUGGCGGCAUUGUCAUGGCCCAUGGUAGUUUCAGCCGGUUGCAUCUAUUCAGAGCAUUGAAUCAUCAUGAAAUUGUGCAGAAUAUUGUGCAACGUUCAGUACAGUUUCUGGGUAUAGAAACUAAGAUACUCAAAAGUCAAAUAACAUUAGAGAAAUUUGAACGUGAACGUUUCGGUGAUUACAGUCGUGAUCAGUAUCAAACUUCUAUGACCGAAUUCACCGUGCAAAAAAUAACACCACGUCAUCCGGAUCCCGUGAAGCGUAUACUUUGUCUCACCGAAGCAACGCUCCUUGAGCGUGAUCCACAAACUUAUAGCGUGUGUACCCUUCGCUUGCUAUCGGAUGUAUUUGCAUUGGUGCGCGAUAAGGAUAAUAUACAACGUUUUUGUAUAGAAUAUAAAAAUGGCAUAUUACGUCAGUAUUUGACCAAUGAUCGUGACUCAUUGCUAGCUACACUGCUAGAUGCAGUACGUUCAAGCGGUAAUAAGGAUGUGCAUGUGCGCAUAAGCAAUACACCGCGCGGUAAACGUUAUGUACCGUUCAAUUGUUGCGUUGACGAGGAAACGGAGGCAAACUUAUUGCGUCUCAUUAUUAAUAAUGUACAAAAUCCAACGAAACGUUUUGAAGUACUCGAACGCUUUAAUGCCAAUAUACCACAUAGUGGUCUCAACUACAGUGUCACACAAGAUAGCCUCUUUGCCGAGAAUAAAGAAAAACUCAUCUUGAGCGCUUUGCAAGCGUUGGCACAAAAGGAGCUCGACAAUCCAACUGCACAAUUAAACAAUCUCGAAAUUGAAGCAAUCUUUCAUGCAUUAACACGUUUGCUUGCUAGUAAAGUGGGCUAUGGCGCAUUCACAAAUCUACCCGGUUUUCGCGAAAUUAUUGGCACGAAAAUUGUUGCUGCAUUGCGCCGUAAAGAUUUAGCCGUUACAUACUCGGCAAUAGAUAUGAUAAAUUCGCUAAUGCAUUCAGUGAAUGCCGAUCAUGACCUGAAGCAAGAACAACUGAAUAAAUCAUCCAUUUUAUCUUCAAAAUCAUUUCUAGAGACAUUGCUGAAUAUGUGGACAACACAUGUGAGCCACGGCAGCGGCGCACUGGUACUUUCAGCAAUGUUAGAUUUCCUUACAUUCGCCCUCUGUGUGCCUUACUGCGAAACGACAGAUGGCAAACAAUUCGAUAUUCUACUAGAAUUAGUUGCCGAUCGUGGUCGUUAUUUAUAUAAACUAUUUCAACAUCCCUCUUUGGCUAUCGUGAAGGGAGCUGGUUUGGUUUUACGCGCCAUCAUCGAAGAGGGUGAAUUGCAUGUGGCACAACAAAUGCAAGCUUUAGCUCUAGAUGAGGCGGCAUUGUGUCGUCAUCUACUUGUUGCAUUGUACACACCAACCAACGAUCCGACAUUGGCCACACAUCGGCAAUUAUCGCGUCAUUUAAUCGGAUUGUGGAUAACAGAUAACGAAGAGGCGAUAGAAUUAUUAAAACGUAUAUUCCCUGCUGGUUUACUAAUGUUCCUGGAGAGUGAGGAGAGCGUACCGAAGACUGAUGUGGAGGAUGAUAAAUUAAAUUUUCGCGAUAAUUUAAAACUUGCAAUACAACAUUCCAAUAGAAAUAGAAAGAAUGUGAUAGAGAAACAUUUACAGGAUAUUAAACAUUGGGGUAUGAACCUCUUGGAACAACAAGAUCCCGCUGCGCAGGCAAUUAAAAAUCGUCCUGUCGUAUUACGUAAUCGGCGUCAACGAAAGAAAAAGGAUGAUACUGUUUUAAAUUUACCAUAUUUCUUCUACAAUUUUUCCAAAGAUCACAGUUUGCCGAAUUUAAUAUGGAAUCAUAAGACCCGUGAGGAGCUGCGCAUUUGCCUGGAAAAUGAGCUGCGCCAAUUUAUGAAUGAUCGCGAUUUAGCUGGCACUAUGAUUGUAGCGUGGAAUUACCAGGAAUUCGAAGUGACUUAUCAGUGCUUAGCAGAUGAAAUUCAAAUUGGUGACUAUUAUAUACGUCUAAUAUUGGAAAAGGACGACUGGCCACAAAAUCUCGUAAAAGAUCCAAUUGAGCUAUUCAAUGCGCUCUAUCGCCGUGUGCUCUGUCGUCAACGCGUCAACGAUGAUCAACUGACAGUGGUGUCAUUGCAGGCGCUCGCAAAAGUAUAUCGCCGUUAUCAUAAGGAAAUCGGUCGUUUUAGUGAUAUGUCAUAUAUAUUACAGUUAACCGAUCGGUGCCUCUCGCCAUCCCUCCGUGAUGCACUAAUUAAUUUAAUCUCCUGCCUGGUGCUGGAGAAAUCCAAUUGCCGUCCACUUGUCGAUCACGUGCAGUGCCUUGUUGACCUCAUUACGCUCGCACAUCUGCAUAAAGGGCGUGCACAGCCCAAUACGAAAACUAAUGUCAUAGAGGCUGGUCCUAAUAUGGAGGCAUAUGAGGAGAAAGAUUGGUAUUAUAAUAUUGAAAAAGAGGGACAGAAACCGGAGCGUCAAGGUCCCAUCACUUAUUCCGAAUUGAAAGAGCUUUGGCAGAAGGGUAUUAUUACACCAAAAACACGUUGUUGGGCAAUCGGUAUGGAUGGCUGGCGUUCGUUGCAACAAAUUCCCCAACUCAAAUGGUGCCUUAUCGCCAAGGGUACACCAAUUUAUAAUGAAACAGAAUUGUCAUCGAAAUUAUUAGAUAUACUCAUAAAAUGCACUAGCUUCUUCCCUAGUCGCACACAAAACGGCACUGCCGUACUUAUACCGGGUCCGAAAUUAUCACGUAAACUCUCUGAAUUCGUUUGCCUGCCGCAUAUUGUGCAAGUGUGUCUCACACACGAUCCCGGUUUGUUGGAACGGGUGGCCACGUUAUUGUGUCACAUUAUGGAAGACAAUCCGGAAAUGCCGAAAGUUUAUUUGACCGGCGUAUUCUAUUUUAUGCUCAUGUACACCGGUAGCAAUAUACUGCCGAUAACAAAGUUCCUAAAAAUGACACACAUGAAGCAGGGUUUUCGCAGCGAUGAGACAUCACAGUCCGGCAUUAUGCAUCGCAGCAUUUUAGGCCAACUUCUGCCCGAGGCUAUGGUUUGCUUUUUGGAAAAUUAUAGCGCUGAAAAAUUUGCGGAAAUAUUUUUGGGUGAAUUUGAUACGCCUGAGGCGAUUUGGAGUUCGGAAAUGCGUCGUUUGUUGAUCGAAAAAAUAUCUGCACAUAUAGCGGAUUUUACGCCGCGUUUGAAGGGACACACAAUGGCGCGCUAUCCUUACCUUGCCAUACCGGCUAUCAGUUAUCCACAACUCGAAAACGAGCUCUUCUGUCAUAUUUACUAUUUGCGUCAUUUAUGCGAUACACAAAAAUUUCCAAAUUGGCCUAUAACCGAUCCAGUUCAGUUAUUAAAGCACACAUUGGAUGCUUGGCGUAAGGAGGUGGAAAAGAAACCACCACAAAUGACAGUGCAACAGGCUUAUCAAGAUCUUGGCAUUGAUUUGACGAAAACGCCCAAACCCGAUGAAUCGUUGAUACGUAAGAGUUACUAUCGUUUGGCGCAAAUGUACCAUCCGGAUAAAAAUCCCAAUGGACGAGAAGUUUUCGAAAAAGUCAAUCAAGCAUAUGAGUUCUUAUGCUCGCGUUCUGUGUGGUCCUCAGGUGGGCCCGACCCGAAGAAUAUAGUGCUCGUGUUGCGUACACAAAGUAUACUCUUUGAACGUUAUCCAGACGUACUGCGCCCUUAUAAAUAUGCGGGUUAUCCUCAACUGAUUAAGACCAUCCGUUUGGAGACACGCGACGAUGAUUUAUUCUCGAAGGAAGUACAACUGUUAUCGGCUGCUUCGGAGCUUUGUUAUCAUACGGUACAUUGCUCGGCUCUGAAUGCCGAAGAGUUGCGGCGUGAAGAGGGCAUUGAAGCACUUUUAGAGGCCUACACACGUUGCGUAUCCAUACUGGGCGCUGAUUCUAAGCCCGAUGCACUGCACUAUCAAGUGAUUUCGAAUGUGACUCGUUGCUUCGAGGUCGCAUGCAACUUUGAGAAAUGUAAACAAAAGAUAAUCACUUUGCCACAACUACUCUCGGACGUUUGUCGCGUUGUGUACUUUAAGCAUACACUCUCUGUAAGCCUGGUGACUAACAUGGCCGCCAACAACUAUGAACUUCAGUGCAAUUUAGUACGUAACGGCGUACUCUGGUCACUUUUGAUCUUCUGGUUUGAUUACGAUUAUACGUUGGACGAGAGUGGCGUGCAGGCAAGUGAUAAAACGAAUCAACAACAGGUAGCCAACAAUCUGGCGAAAAUGGCGGUACUGGCUUGUAUUGCACUAGCCGGCUAUGGUUUGGACUUACAUAAGACAACGAAUGGCACUGAUAAUGGCAGUGGCGAUGGCAAUAGUUCACCAACUAACGCCGUGAAAGUAGCAAAACCAAAUGCCGCAAUCGCUUCGCCAGCAACGUCAGCGUAUACGAAAAACGCACAUAAUCCACUGCAGAAUACCGGCAAGCAAUUGGCUAUAACGGCGAGUGGUGGUGGCUCAGUCGAGACGGAGGCGAAAAAUGUUGUUGCCAAGCAAGACUCCAAUGCCAGCAACAAAUCCGAUGCGAUUUCCACCACAUCGUCCAUUGAGCGGGAGGAAAAUGGCGAGACGAGUAGUAAUGUAAAUUCUAAAACAAAAGACUCACAUUUGCCGAAAUAUACAAUUGUCUCGGAUGCGAAAAAUUCAAUCGUCAAACAAGUGCUGGAUCGCCUGCUUACACCUUAUAUAGCGAACAAAUUGCCCAAAGAGCGCAGCGGCGAUAUACUCAAAGUACUUACAUCAAAUACACGUAAUCCUUAUUUGAUAUGGGAUAAUGGCACGCGUGCGCAGUUGAUUGAUUUCUUAGAGACACAACGUACAACCGCCACUAAGGAAACAUUCGAGGAUGUCGCUGAGGUGUACAAUUUAGUAUCAGAAUUCCAAUAUGACGCUAACAAAGAUGAACUGCAAAUUGGCGGUGUCUACAUACGCAUCUACAAUGAGAUGCCAACAUUCCCCAUAACAAAUCCAAAGCAAUUUAUUAUUGAUCUGCUUGAGUAUCUUAAGCAGGCAUAUCAUUUCCUAACCGCUAACAACAGCACUGGCUCGAAAAGCAUCAUAACUCCUGCUACAAAUCUGUCAAAUAAAUUGGGUCAAGAUGGUAUACUCACACCCACUUUAGCGCCGAAUCAUCCACAGCUGCAACAACAACAACCCGUUAAAACGGGCAAAACAUUCGAUGAAGUACUGAAUGCCUAUAAUCGUUCAAAAAUACGCAAUAAAAUCGAAGCAAAUGCCCUUCUCGAACAACAACAAAUGCAACAACAAUACAGAUAUGAUUUUGCAAAUGAUGCAGCGUUGCAGGAGCAUGUGAUAAUGGUGCUGCGCGCACUGAUGGCGGUAAUUAAAUGUAACGCCGAAGUGGAGAUACAAUGUAUUGGCAAUUUUGAUAUGAUUUUCGGCUUCCUAGCGUAUAAUUUAUUUAAGGAUAACACCGCUGUAAAAACAGUUGCGCUCGAAGUGGUCGCCUUGGUUUCGCGUAAUAAGGAUUGUGUAUCGGAAAUUGCAGCCUGUGAAUUGCUUGGCCAAUUUUUAGUAGCCUUGAAAGAUCCCGAUCUGCGUGCUAGCCAAGUUAAAGUGCUCGAAACGCUAUCUGGUCUCAUGAAUGUACAAGAAAUGAUUAAAGAAGCACAACAUAAAGGCGCUGUCAUUUAUUUGCUGGAUAUGUUUUGUAAUUCACGUAAUCCGCUAAUACGUGAAAUGUGCGCCGAAAUAUUGGCCAAGAUGACGGCGGAUCGACUGAGUGGACCGAAGGUUCGCAUUACAGUCUCAAAAUUCUUGCCUCCACUUUUUGUUGACGCUAUGAUUGAAUCACCGCAAACUUCAGUGCAAUUAUUCGAAUCUAUACAUGAACAUCCGGAACUGAUAUGGAAUGAUAAGACGAGAGGGAAUGUUUGCGAUGCUGUUGCGGAUAUGUGUGAGAGCUUCUACAGAGCGCAAAAGAUCACCGACAAACAUGUUUGGAAGGAUCCUGAAAUGCUCAAAGAUAUUGUUUCAAAUGAAAUCGUUGUUGCUGGUGUUUAUUUACGAUUAUUUGUUAGCAAUCCUGCGUGGACUUUGCGCAAACCCAAACAAUUCUUGGCUGAUCUGCUGGACUUUGUUGUAGAGCAAAUUAGUAAAAGCUCUUCGGAGAAGGACGUUUUAGAAUUAUCAACAACCGCUUUAGUGGAGCUUCUACGCUCGCAACCGAAUUUAGCUGAUGAUAUACCCGUUUUGGGUCACAUACCGAAGUUAUUCAAUUUGCUCGCCGUACAGCCAAAGGGUACACUCUCAGUAUUGCAUCAGCUGUCACUAUCGGAGUUCUGUGUUAGCGCCGUUUCGCAAACAGAAUGCAUACUGCCGCUCAAGAAAUGUAUGGAACAUCAUCGAGAUUGUAUGGAGAAAGCUUGUGAGACCUUAAGUCGACUCUUCAAAUAUCAACAUGAUUCACUCAUUACACAAUCAUUGGAAGUGAAUUUGGUGCCAUUUUUAUUGGGACUCUUAGAUAGUCGCCUGGAGUAUGUCGACAAUGCAUCGGCUGUGAAAGCGCAAAUUGUAGCGGCGCUCAAAGGUAUGACACUUAAUCUCAAUUACGGUGAGAGAGUAACACAAAUAUUGCUGAAACAUCCCGUAUGGGCAGAAUACAAAGAUCAGCGACAUGAUCUCUUCAUAACAGAUACCAAUAUAAGAGGUUAUCUAACAGGAAUAAAUCCCACCGCUGGUUAUUUAACACAAGGACCAGCGCAAAGUGUAGACGUACUAACCUCACCGCCACCCAUUGAUCGCGACGAUCCGUCAGCACGGCCGGCCAUAGAUUAAUGUACAGUACAAACUAUUGCUGUUAUUGACAAAAAUACGCCGCAUUCGCAACUGGCAAUCGACAAUAUUGUCGGAUGGCUUUAAUCAAGCUACAUGGAAUAUAAUAUAUGUAUAAAUAUGGAUGUGAUUGACGCUGGAAGUGAAUUUUUAUUACGAUUGGUGCAUAAAAUGAAGGGAAUAGGCACAGAAAAAAUAAAAAAUAAAAAUAUGGAAAGAAGAAAUGACGCCGCACAUAAACAAAAGAAAAAAACAAAACAAAAAAAAAAUCAAAAAAACAAUAAAGGAAAAUAGAAUAAAUGAAAAUGCACCCAAUCAAUCUAUAGCGUCGCAGUAUGUUUGAUAAUUUACUUGUUUUAUUAUUAUAUGUAAUUAUUUUCUUAUGUAUUAUUAUGUUAAUGUGUAUUAUUGUACUCGUAUGUGUUUGUAUAUAUUACAUGCACUCAUAUAUUGGCGCAAAUGAAAUGAUGUAUUUCGGAAUAAAAACCUAUAUUAUUCAUUCUCCAUGAAUAAAGAAAGUAUUUUUUCAAAAUUAAGUAUAUAAUUAAUGUAUCCUUAAAUUGCUACAUACAUAUGUACAUACAUAAAUGAAUAGAAUGUGUGUGCAUAGUUGUACUAAAAGCAAAUUAUGUUUAGAUUUCAAGUUGUUUAUGAUAAAUGUAUGUAUGUAAAUUGCUUUGCAACACACGCAAUGAACAGUAGCAAAGCAAUUAAAAGGCAAUUAAUUAAAUAUAAUAUACAUAUAAAUAAAUGAAUUCCUGAAUUCGAUUCUCACAAUUUUUUAAGCACACACUCCACUCACACAUACAUAUACAUACAUCUAUAUACAUAUACGAACACUUACGCUAUAUACACUGAAAGAGAUGCAACAAUCUUAGAACAUACAUGGAAUUUUUAUAUUUGUAGAUUACAACAAUAAAGUUUACAAAAAAAAUGAAUACAUACAAUUAUAGUAUAUAACUACACAAAUCCACUCACAUGCUACAAAAAA